GCAAUUUACAAGUUGUAACUUGUUCAGAUUUAAACUGACUCAUUAUAAACGAAAAACGUUUUUCUCGGUGCUGUGCUACACUAGUUAAUAAAGAUGAAAAUUUUGACCCAAACCGAGUUAAUAGAUGAACUCUACAAAAUUGGAGCCAUCAAAAUUGAGGACAUAAUCUUGAAGUCUGGUGAUCUAUCGCCAAUUUAUAUUGAUCUGCGGUUGGUGGUCGGACAUCCAGAUCUUCUUCGUUCUAUGUCUAAAUUGAUGUGGUCAAUGGUCCAGGACCUUGAAUUUGAUCUUAUCUGUGGUGUUCCAUUAACUGCUAUUCCUUUUGCCGUGGUUAUGUCGGUAGAUAACAACAUUCCAAUGGUUAUGCGAAGAAGCUCACCCAAAACCUAUGGAACCAAGAAAUUAAUCGAAGGAAAGUUCCAAGCUGGACAAAAAGUUUUGGUCGUUGAAGAUGUCAUUACUAGUGGUUCUUCCAUAAUGGAAACUGUUCAAUCACUCAAAUCAGUUGGCCUUGAAAUCGAGCAUGCUUCAAUUUUCGUUGAUAGAGGACAAAAAGGAUUUGAAAAUUUAGAGAACAAUGGUGUUAAGGUUAGAUCUGUUUUGAAAAUGUCCGAUAUUCUGGCGAGACUUAUGGAUAAUGGUAUAAUUAAAUCGGAAGAGAAGGCGAGAAUUCAAAAAUGGCUUAGAGAAACUGAGAGUAAAAUUGACAUAGAGCCAUGCAGUUAAACAUGUGCCUUAUUGAAGUGAUGGUGUGAUUAACCGAUAAUAAUGAUGACCUUUAGGAUAACUGACAAAGUAAAAAAACAUUCUUUUAUGGUGCAAAUUAAUUUGAUUUUAUAAAUGACCAAUCAUACUGUAUUUAGUAACUAUGCACUUAAAUCAAUCCUUUAACUAUUCCAAUAACUUUGACAUUGAUCUUGCUGAUAUUAAAUCUGGGUGUUAAAAUGCAUGAAAUCGUUGAUUCAAGGCUAACCAGAACGUGUAAUGUGUCUUCACACUUCAUGUCUAACUCUUACUUGUAAAGUUAUCUUGAGUUCUUAAUUAUCUUCAGUAAACGAAGCUUCUUCUCUUACAUGUACUAUAAACAUGUUCAACUAAUAUUCACCUGUUAAAACCUCACAAUUUAUCAACUUCCUCUGCUGUUAUCAACCUAGAAACAUGCGAUUAUUAUAAAACUACGCAUAAAUGUCACAAUUGAAUCUUCAUCGUUUAUUAUUAAUACAAGCAAUCUCUGUCAACUUAACCUGAAAUCUUUACAGAAAUUUGAAAAUAAAUUAAUUAGGAAUUCCUGACAAAUU